CACCCCCAAAACAUGCCUAUAUUCUAGGCCCCACCUUCUCUUGGACACCUGUCAACCCCUAAGGCUUCCACCCCAUGUUUGGCCCCUCCUUUUUAGUUCUUCUCCACAGCCAUUUUUCUCACUAGCUUCCUCGCUUAGUCAUUCCUUAAUUGGGUACCAAUUCUGAUCGCCAACAAGUUUCUCUCAACAUGAAGAUUUUCAAUUGGGUGCAAAGGCGGUUUCAUCAUGGUGCCCUUAAAGAUGGGUUAGCCCGAAAUGUGAAAAAGGCUGAAUCCAUUACAAGUGAAGCUGACAAGCAAGCAUUACUGAAACAAGUAGCCCUGGUCGAUGUGCUUGAUGGCUGGAAAGGUGGCAUUUUGACAAUUGGCACAUUAGGGCUUGACCCGUUGAAGCCCUUUAAUCAACAAAAUGAAUAUUUUGUUCUGGAAACUGAAGGAGAAGAAGAGGACGAUGAUGAUGAUUAUAAUGACGAUGAAGAGGAACAGCAGCAAUACUCUGUCCAUAGUGAUGACGAAGACAGCAAUGUUAAUCAAGAUGAAAAUGAAGAAGAGAACCCUUUAAUAUUUACAAGAUUUGAGCACAAUUUUGAAGAGCUUGCAACAACUUUUGAUGCAAAUGAUGCGAAAUCUAAAAUUGAUCCAAUGGAGAACAACUUAAAUAUCCAUGACAAUGAUCAAAGAAAAAGGAAAGGAGAAAGAAUAACGCUGGCAGAACUGUUCUUGGCAGAUUCUGACAUGAAAAAAAAGCCGGAAUCUUUUGAACUUGCGCCGGACUCAGGUAAAAAGCCAUCUGUUCGUGCCAAGAAUGGUCUAUCCUUUGCCAAGAAGCUGAUACCCCACGUUAGAGAGGAUUCACGUCCAAUCAAGAAAUUUCACCAAUUGAUGAGGAGGAUGUUGAAGAGAAAAAUCCAUCCAGAACUUGAAGGCAAGGCCCAGAAAACAGACAAUCAAAAUAAGGUCGCCAUAAUGGAAGUUGGAAUUGGCAAGGGAAAUGAAGCCGAUGAAUCAGUUUCGCUGAUUCCAACUCCCCCAAGGUAUAUACAAGUCUCAUAUUUUAUUACAUAGCUUUUACCGCACACAUUUUAUAAUCAUUGCCGAGCAAAAUCUUAUAGCUAGCUAGAAUGUCAUUAAUUAGUAAAAAAAAUGACAGUACAAAUAGAAAUGUUUUUAGUGCAAUGCCUGUGCUUGGCAAUCGAGCUACUGUUUUAACAAAAAUAAGAAUUAAUUAAGGGAACACAUUAAUUACUGGAGCGGUUACAUCGGCGCUCUUUUAUACUUUCAUUGCCUAAUUAAUAGCCUAAAAAAAGACUACCCCA